ACGACCACCAAGAUACGCAUAGUGAUUCGAUCUUUUGAUCACCCAUUUUUUGAAAACCAUUUUGGGGGGCUUCCGCCUUACACACGGAAGAUUGGAUUGCCUGAAUCACGAGUCUUAUAUACUGUGUUACGAUCACCUCAUAUUGAUAAAAAGUCCAGAGAACAAUUUGAAAUGGAAAUCAAGAAACAAUUUCUGGUCAUAAAAACAGAAAGGCAUGAAUUGCGCAAGAAGUUCUUUCGGUUAAAACGCCUAUAUUUGGAGCUCAAUAUGAAAUCCUAUUUUAUUGCAAGACCCGUUCGGAUAAAGGAAAACUCCAGAGAUUGCUUC